UCCGUUGGACCGUCACCUUCGCGCGGUCUCGAAACAAAAUUCACGGCGAUAAACAAAAUAAUGACCAGUGUACAUCGCGAGUGUAGCCGGCGACAGUGUGUGAUAACUAGUAUGUAAUAUGUGUUAUUGUGGAUUGGUGAUUCGUGUUUAGAAGGCGCGUGGACAGCGCCAUGCCUGCUCUGUUUAGAUUGAACCCGACACAAAGUCUAACGGAACACCUCAACAUUAGCAUUUUAAGUUCAACCUGACAAAAGUUAUCUGUGAUCUCAUUUUAGUUAGUAAAAACAAUCGCCUAAAUUAGUUAGUAAGCGGGAAGAACACUCGAAACUCUAUAAUAACAAAUGUUAGUUAAGAGUGUCCGGCUCGAAGGACCAAAUAGUUGAGAAAACAAAAUGGCUGCGUAGUGUUGUGAUGGAUGACAGAUAGUGGGAUUUUAGUUGGAGGAUGGGAUAAUGGGCGUUAGGGUGUUGGGAUCUUGAAGAUGCCGCAUGCGCACUCGAGUUCAGCUGCGAGCUCGGGCGGUGAUGACCUGGGCUCCACUGAUGAGGUCAAGGUAUUUAAGGACGAAGGUGACGGGGAAGACGAGAAGAGGAGCUCCGAGAAUCUCCUGGAGGAGAAGUCUAGUCUUAUCGAUUGGACUGAGAGUGAGGAGAAGUCCGGCGAGCCUUAUUCCGGUAAAUUAUCGGUAAAGUCGGACUUAAGUCCUGUUUUCGGUAAAUUUGAACCUCAUCCGGCCGCAAGUUUCAAUAUGGGCUACCUCAUGGCACCGUACCCUUAUCCCAAUGGCGGAGCGCAUCCCCUACCCGUAUCUAUGACCAGCAAGAUGGGUUUGCCAGCGGGAGGCGGUCUAUCAUUAUUUUGUCCUGGAGGUGAUCUUGGGCAACCACCUCCAGCCCAUAUGGGCAUCCCCCCGCCUUACCAACUGGACUCCAAGUUAGCAGCAGGUCUGGCGAGAACCCCCAUGUACCCUUUUCCCGGGGGUACGUACCCUUACCCCAUGCUCAGUCCGGAGAUGUCACAAGUAGCAGCGUCGUGGCAUACCCCGAGCAUGUACCCCAUAUCGUCAGCGGCGAGCGGUUUCCGGAGUCCGUACCCCACCUCGCUGCCGAUCCCAAGUUCUAGUCUAUCGAGUGAAUUGUACAGGUUCUCACCAACGCUAGGUGGUGGCCUGGGCUUAGGUCUAGGGCCAGCGCUGGUUCCGCCGCCCUCCUCCAAAGCAGACCUCGACUCCCACCAUUCGCGGUAUGCGAGGUCAUUAGAGAAGGGCAGCAGCGGCAGUGCGAACGAGAAACCAGCUGAAAGUUCAGCAAACAGCAACAACAAAGAACAGAACAAGAAACCUCACAUAAAAAAGCCACUGAACGCCUUUAUGUUGUACAUGAAAGAAAUGAGGGCGAAAGUGGUCGCCGAGUGCACGCUCAAGGAAUCCGCGGCCAUCAACCAAAUACUUGGCAGACGGUGGCAUUCCUUGAGUCGCGAGGAGCAAGCAAAGUACUAUGAGAAAGCGAGACAGGAGAGACAGCUCCAUAUGCAGCUGUACCCCGGCUGGAGCGCAAGGGACAACUACGGUUACGGUUCCAAAAAGAAAAAACGGAAAAAGGACCGCAGUCCCGCUGAGCUGGGAGGAAAUAAUUUGAAGAAAUGCCGAGCGAGGUAUGGCCUCGACCAACAAAACCAAUGGUGCAAACCUUGCAGGCGGAAGAAAAAAUGCAUACGCUACAUGGAAGCCCUGGCAGCGGCCUCCGGCACCAUCCCAAUGCCGAUGGCGACCCCGCAGUCACCAUGUUCUGAAGAAGACGUGAAACUUGAGGAAAUGUCGGACGCGUCCAGCGAUGGCGACGCCGACACGCCUCUCAAUUCCGCCUCUAGUCCUGGAGGGCUGAGUGCGCUAUCUUCACUAGCAUCCCCAGCUUCAGACCCCCCACCAAACCCUCCCCGCAACCCUGUAGGGACCAACCCUAGAGACGCAAACAACCCCCUCUCCGUUGGCCAGCUGACGUCCCAGUCGUGGCCGCGGGCAGCGCAAGCGAGACCGGGUCAUGAAGUUAUAUCGGUAUCAUAGUGACGGUGGAAUCUUGAAGGUGCCUGCCAGGACACGACUACACGUGAACCAGUGGCGGUUGUUAUGGUGUACUAUAUAAUAAUUUUAGCUUGAGAGACUGAUACAACCGAGGUAAAGUUAUAAUAUUGUGCAACUAGUCAUUUUUAAUACACUGAAAAUUAUCGCUUCUUUACUUUAAAUGAAUACUGCACUUUAAAGUUUUGACGUGAUAAUUAUCAAAUAGCGCCAUCUAUGUAACGUUGUGUGAAACAGUCAAACGCCAUCUAGUGUUCGCGUUUGGAAAUAAGUCGUGUUGGUUGUGAUACAAGUAAGGACGGUAAUCUGCUUCUACGUUUAAACUUUUGUAGUUGUCUGCUUACAUGACUGGCGGUUAUUUUACAGGUGCUAAAGUUAUGUUGUUGUUUGACGUCGAGAAAUACUGGCAUUUUUGUGAACUAUUAUUUUAGUAUCGUGCUUCAUACAAAUUGUGACAUUAGCGACGGCGUUGUACUGGCUUACCAUCCUUAUAAGGAUUACUUGUUUUAUUUUAUACUCGUCGUCGCUAAUUAUUCUAAUUUGUAUAUGUUCUUCUGAUAUUUUAUUAAAACGCCAUCUAGUGUCGAAUGUUACAAACUUAAGUCGUUGAUCUGUCAUAAGAUAAACAUGGCCUAAAUAAUUUAAUUUACAAUCAUGAUUAUAACCAAAUGUGUAGUAUUUCUCGUGUUUAGACUACUUGUUGGGAAUAUUACUGUUAUUAUGUCGUUAAGAUCCCUUCAACACCAAUAUAAUUCAAUUUACACACGCCAUUUAGAAUGAUCUCAAUAACAAGUCCCAAUCGAGUCAUUUGCAUUUUUAUAUUUAACUCGCACUUUUGUUAUCCAAGUAAAUAAUUAAAAAAAGAUACAAGCCUUCAAGACAGCUUUAUGACCUUAUCCUUUUGUCUAUGAAUUCAAUAUACAAACCAGUUAUAAUUUUACUUAUAUCUAAAAUUAUAAAUUUUAUACAAAAUCUAAAACUACUACAAUAUGUAUUGUAAUAUACAUAAAAAUAGUUUGUAUAUGAUUUUUUCAUCUUGGCUAGCCGUUUUGUUUAAGUGUAAUUAAUAUUAUUUCGUCGGAAUUUCUCUCUUAAUUGGGCACAGAAUCCUAUAACGGUAUUAAUGACAUUUCUACGAAAUUUUCAUACGGAAAAAAUAAAUUUGAAUGAUACAGACUAUAUAGCUGUGUUAAUUAUCUAUUUGGAUAUUAAAGUAUGGGAUUUAAUUUUAUCACCCCAUGGCUUAGUCAUGACUUGUUCUAACUAGUGUCGGUAAUAUGAAUCAUUCAGUUUUCUUGUAUAUUUACUUACGCUUUCUAUGUAUUUGAUUUGAUUUUUAAAUAAUUAUUUUGUUUAAAGGGGAAAGUUUAGCAUAAACUUGAUGUUUAUAAACACAUUUCUAUUUUUUUCAUUCAAAAGAUUUCAAUAAUUAUUUUUUAAUACUCGAAAAAAAAUUUGAUGUUUAUUUUAUUUUAUUCAAAUAUUAUGAUUUUUUUCUUUUAUUCAAUGUUGUCCAUAUUAUUUUAGUGACAUUCGUAUAAUUAUUAUGAUGUAUGACAUAAUUUAGAAAAAAUAAUUCAAGAAUGCACUAAUAAUUAAUGAUGACAUUGUUUUUUUAAUAAUCUGUAUAUUUAAACUUGAAUAAUGACGGAUUGCCCCUUAUAUACAGAGCACUGAAUGUCAUAGAUACUUCAAUUGUUUAUUUUCUAUUAAAAUCACUUCAGAAACAAAGACUCAUCUUUUUAUCAAUCAGCUAAGCUUUCCUCUGUAAACUAAUAAUGAUUUAAAAUUUUACUCUUUAAUUGCCGACAUGUGACGUUUACUUUUGCGCUCUCUUGUAACGUUGAUAUUUUCAUUUAAACUGAAUUACUUAUAGACACAAUCUCUGUCAAGAUUACAUACUAACAUCCCACUGUUGGGCAUCGGUAUUUCUAUAUAAAAUGAAAUGUUACUUAAGAAAAAGUCUAUGUAUUAUUUCUUUAUAAAACACAUACAACACACGUACCUAAAAUAUAAGAUAUGAAAAUAAUAGUUAAAAUUGAAAUUUUCUUAAUUUGAAUGUAUUUUGUGUCUAUAAAGUAUAUGUUUACCUCCAUGAUUUGCCUGCAUUCAACGGCCUGCACCAUAUAGGUUCCAUGUAGCAUUAGAAAUUAUUUUUUUUUAGUUUAUGAAAUAUUUUCUCCCCGCAUUUAGAUAUGUAUGAUAUAAUUAUAAGCCGUUGCGGGGAGAAAAAUAAUUUUCCGUUGUGCGGAACUUGUUAGACUGUUGUAGGUUAGAUUAGUCACAACGUAUGAGUGAAAUUAUCACUAUAUUGUACCGAUUCGUCCUUCAAACACAUGCCAUUUUUUUUAAAACUCCUCAUUGAGACCCGCUCUCUCUGGGGGAGGAUAUGAAUACUGCCGGACUUACCUGCUCAAACGCCAUAUCGUAUGUUCUCUUACGUUAUUUUGUAUAGAAAAAGGUGUGAAUGUAUGAAGUCAAUCAGUAUACUUACCGAUUUGUCAUUCAUAAAGGUUUGCCAUUCAAAAUUGUUUGCUUAUGUAUUUUGUAUAGAAAAAGGUAUGGAAUUUUAUAUAUGUUGUGCUCAUAAAACAAGCAUAAAUAGCAUAAUCACGUGAUGGAUUUCUGCCAUUGUUAUAUUUUGGAAGUUAUAACAUAUUGUCAAUAGUUAUUCAAUUUCAUUGCAUGAUUUCAAGUUAUUUUAAUUAUAUCGUUAAUAAUAAUGUACUUUUUGGUCCAAUAAUUAAAUAUUCUACUAGUCUAGAGUUAGUUGAAUGUAUUACAGUUUACAGUAGAAUUCGCAUCAACUAUACUAUAUUUUGUUAUGAUAUUUCAAAUUCACAUCAUGCAUGCGUCUGUAAAUGUAUAAUUCACUCACAAGAGUUACUUUUGAGUAUAGAACAAUAUGGACUUUAUUAACAAUAUUCAUUUGAGUUUCACUAUUGAAUGCAAUUACUAACAAAAAGGACUCAAAGAGUUAAUGUUUGAUAUUUUAACAAUGAGUUAUUUGUUUUUAUGCAUUAUUAAGUGACACUAAUUGCCUUUUUCUAUACGUAAAAAUUAAUAUAAUCUAUAUUGAAGAUAACAAAAAGAAUUGCGUAAUGUGAAUGUGUAGGAAGAGAAACAACUUUGUUUAUUUCCAGUAUUUAAAAUAUUGUCUAUGCCUACCUCAAUUAAUAACUUCUGAUCUGAAAGUUAAACGUCAUCAAUUUCAUUCGUUUCCAUGAUUUUGUAAAUAGAAACCUAAUCCUCUUACUAUAUUAUUUAGAAAAUACAGGUUACUAAUUAAUUAUUAAUUUUUAAGGGGUUUACACGUGUCUAGUAAGAGGAGAGGGAUACAAUACGGCAGAAAAAAAUGUAA